AUGAGUACAAGUCGCCACCACCUCCAUCACUUUCUCCACCACCACCAUACUAUUACACUUCUCCGCCACCACCGGUCAAGUCGCCACCUCCUCCAUACUACUACACUUCUCCGCCGCCACCGGUCAAGUCACCACCUACACCAUACUACUACACUUCUCCGCCACCACCGGUCAAGUCCCCACCUCCUCCAUACUACUACACUUCUCCGCCACCACCUAAAGUCUCCACCUCCUCCAUACUACUACAGUUCUCCACCACCACCGGUCAAGUCACCACCUCCUCCAUACUACUACACUUCUCCGCCACCACCACCAUAUCACUACUUCUCCACCACCACCGGUCAAGUCACCACCUCCUCCAUACUACUACACUUCUCCGCCACCACCCGUAAAGUCCCACCUCCUCCAUACUACUACACUUCUCCGCCACCACCAGUAAAGUCUCCACCUCCUCCAUACUACUACACUUCUCCACCGCCACCGGUGAAGUCACCACCUCCUCCAUACCACUACACUUCACCACCACCACCAGUCAAGUCACCACCUCCUCCAUACUACUACACUUCUCCCCACCACCGGUCAAGUCACCACCUCCUCCAUACUACUACACUUCUCCGCCACCACCCGUCAAGUCUCCACCACUACUACUACACUUCUCCUCCUCCACCACCCUACCACUACACUUCUCCUCCACCACCGGUGAAGUCACCACCUCCUCCAUACUACUACACUUCUCCGCCACCACCGGUGAAGUCACCCCCUCCUCCAUACUACUACACUUCUCCACCGCCACCGGUGCCCCACUACCCUCCGCCACACCCCCACUCCCUGAUUGUCAAGGUUGUCGGAAAGGUUUACUGCUACAGAUGCUAUGACUGGACAUACCCAGUGAAGUCCCAUGACAAGAAACACCUCAAAGGUGCUGUUGUGGAGGUGACAUGCCAGGCAGGAGAGAAGAAAAUUGUGGCAUAUGGAAAGACUAAAAUCAAUGGCAAAUACAGCAUCACAGUUGAGGGCUUUGACUAUGGCAAAUAUGGAGCCAAGGCUUGCAAGGCCAAACUCCACGUGGCACCAAAGGGGUCUAAGUGUAAUUUGCCCACAAACUUGCACUGGGGCAUGAAGGGUGCUAAGCUCAAAGUCAAGUCCAAGACUGAUUAUGAAGUUGUUCUCUAUGCCAAGUCAUUUGCUUAUGCUCCAAAGACUCCUUACAAGGAGUGUGAGAAGCCCAAGCCAACCCCAGCUCCUUACUACUACACUUCACCACCACCACCACCACCCACUUAUAUCUACAAGUCACCACCUCCUCCACCACCAACUUACUUGUACAAGUCCCCACCACCUCCACCACCGACCUACCUUUACAAGUCCCCACCACCUCCACCAUACAUUUAUAAGUCUCCACCACCUCCACCAUACAUUUACAAGUCCCCACCACCUCCACCAUACGUUUAUAAGUCUCCACCACCUCCACCAUACGUUUAUAAGUCUCCACCACCUCCACCAUACAUUUACAAGUCCCCACCACCUCCACCAUACGUUUAUAAGUCUCCACCACCUCCACCAUACAUUUACAAGUCCCCACCACCUCCACCGUACGUUUACAAGUCCCCACCUCCUCCCCCACCAACUUACAUUUACAAGUCCCCGCCUCCACCGCCAUACUAUUACAAGUCACCACCACCACCAACCGAGUCUCCUCCACCCCCAUAUUACUACAAGUCACCACCACCACCUUCUCCAUCUCCUCCACUUCCUUAUUACUACAAGUCCCCGCCACCACCCUCACCAUCACCACCCCCUCCAUAUUAUUACAAGUCCCCACCGCCACCUUCUCCAUCUCCUCCACCACCUUACUACUACAAGUCUCCACCUCCACCAUCUCCAUCCCCGCCUACUCCCUACUACUACAAGUCACCUCCUCCUCCAUCACCUUCCCCUCUUCCACCAUACUACUACAAGUCUCCCCCACCACCAUCUCCAUCUCCUCCACCACCAUACUACUACAAGUCACCACCACCUCCCUCACCAUCUCCUCCUCCACCCUACUACUACAAGUCUCCUCCACCACCCUCACCGUCUCCUCCUCCACCAUACUACUACAAAUCUCCUCCUCCACCCUCACCAUCUCUUCCAUCGCCAUACUACUACAAAUCUCCCCCACCACCAUCACCAUCCCCACCCCCGCCCUACUAUUACAAGUCCCCACCCCCACCCUCACCAUCCCCACCACCUCCCUACUAUUACAAGUCCCCACCCCCACCUUCACCAUCCCCACCACCUCCCUACUACUACAAGUCCCCACCACCACCAUCACCAUCCCCACCACCGCCCUACUAUUACAAGUCCCCACCACCACCAUCGCCAUCUCCUCCACCUCCUUAUUACUACAAGUCCCCACCACCCCCAUCACCAUCACCUCCACCACCCUACUACUACAAAUCUCCCCCACCACCAUCGUCAUCCCCACCACCACCCUACUACUACAAGUCCCCACCCCCACCAUCCCCAUCUCCUCCACCACCCGUCUACAUCUAUGCUUCUCCACCACCACCGACUCAUUACUGAGCUCCAAUAGCUCCACCAUUCACCGCCGGCAAUCAUCUUUUAGUUUCAAUCACACAAUAAAGGAAGUCUCCAAUAGGCAAGAUUCGGACAUCAAUCCUCCAAACCAAUUAGUCCUAUUAAUAAGGUCCUCGACAUUGCAUUUAAAAGCUUUAACCUUUAUCAUUUGGACCAGUUUGCUUCUACUUCUCUGGCGGCCAUCUUACACAUUAUGCUUUUACCACCAUCGAGGGAAGGUGGCUUCAGAUUCUAUUUAUUUUCGCAAAGCCAAAUUAGUUGCUGAUAUGGGAUUUGUUUUUAGGGUUUUGGAAAUUGGUGUUACAGAGUCUGUUUCUUGUUUAUUCAUAUGGUUGUUUCAUUAUUAAGUUAUUGAUGUAUAGUGGCAGAACAUGAAGUUGUUUGAUAGUCAUCUUUAAUUUAUUAUUGUCGCUUGCAUUUCUUGUUCUUUGUGCACUCAAA